AUGUUGGUGUCUAUAAUCGGCAUGGUCCUGAUCCUUCAGGCCAACUUGAUUGCAAGUCAAGUGCAAGUCUACACUUUACAGGGUUAUCCCCUAACUGUGAGCGAAGGAAGUUUUUCAAACCGUCCUUUGGGCUUCUUCCCUUGGCAGCGUGACGUGUUUAAAGUCAACAAUUUUUCGGUCUCCGAAAGCAACGAGGGCUUCCAAACCAUUAACCUGAUGGGAAACAGCAGUUUCUCACUGUCCUCCAGCCAAAAUAAUCUCUCUCUGAGAAGCUUUUUGCGCAACCUCUUUGGAUUCCGACAAAGGCAGCCCAGUGUCCAGUACCUUACGAUUGGAGGCAGAGCCUUCAGCGAUUCUGUCCAGGAGCCUAGUUACUAUAGGCAAUAUUCGUCGGUUGUAGGUCCUGUCCUGGUGCCAAAAGCAAAUCGUAAAAUAGUACGAAGGAAGGUGCCACGCCGUGUCCUGGUGAGAAAUCUUAAAUCCAACCAGGCUCUGCUGACCAAUGUUAAAACUGUGAAGAUCCCACAGUUCCAAUCUCCCAUCUAUGACGAUGAGUGGCAGUACGCUACUCAAUAUUCUGAACGGCCGGAAACAAAUUACUAA